UGUUCAGCUGUACUAUAGGGAACAAGCAAUAGACAAGUGUGAACCGCAUGUGAAUGUCUCUACUCUUCUAGUUUUACAUGUUUCUGUGGGUGCUAUGGAUACCAAUCACACUGAAACCCAACAUUAUUUGAAGCUGCCAGAUAACUUCUAUGAUAAUUUAAUCCUGUCCUUCAGCCUGUCAAUGGUGGCAGGCCUGACGAUUGGUGCUGUCAUUUGUAUCCUCUUGACAUGGCUGUCUCGGCGCAGAGCCUCAGCCCGCAUCUCCAGACGAAACCCCAGGCAGUCGCGGACCUCCCCUCACAGCUUCCUGCAGAGCCGCUCUGGGUUCUAUCGACACAGCAGCUAUGACCGAAGGAGCAACAACAGCCUGGCUAGCGCAGCUCUCACUUUCCAGCACCAGACCUCUCUGGAGCAGGCUGACCCAUUUGCCCGGAAACCCAGCUUUAGGGCCUCAACCUUUCAGCCGCUGCUUCAAUGCAGCCAGAUCGCCCGUGAGGCCGAGGAAGGGAGCCAAACAGCACUCCCAAGAAGUAACACUGGUUCCGCUGUCAACGUGGGCGGACUGGCCCGGCCCGACUCCUUCUGGUCUAAUACCUGGUCAGGUUUUUACUCCACACAGACCCCACCGCCUCCCUAUGAGACUGUUAUUCGAGCUUUCCAAGAGACUUCCACUUGAGUUCCAGCAAUGAGAAAGAGAGAGAAAGCAUUACUAAAUGUAUUUAGUCUAGUGCCUUGUAGUUUAUGGUAUCAUAGAAAGUUGAGACUUGACAUUAAAUUACAUCAACCAGGUAUUAAAGCUCUAGAAGUAUUAUACUGUAGAACAUAGUUUGGAGAAUGGGAUAUGGUAUGUUUGUUAUUUUGGUUGUCUAUGUCCUUGUAUUAUAAUAUUUUUUUAGAAUAAAAUUGUAAUAAAUGUCUUUAUUGAGAGAUGUUUUCUAUGCAGCUCCCUGUCCUUGAGUGUCUCAUCCUUACACUGCUCUGAGCGACAGUUGCUUAGUCUUAUGCACAAUCAAGCUUGGGCAUCUGUGAGAUAGCGCCAUCUAAAAUGACAGUCGGUGCAAAUGUUUUUAUUUUGAGUCAAAAACAAUCAGAACUAAAACCUCCAAAACUUACAAUUACUUUUACUCUAAAAACGACUUUGUAAAAUGGUAUUAAUUUCUGUAAUAAUUUCUGUGUAUUUUUUUUUUUACACUUUUGCUUAUUUUUGUACAGAUAAGGUCAACUAUCAAAGUAAUUCCCUCUAUUAAACUGCAUUGCUAUUAAAACAUUGAAUAAUUUU